AUGAAUAACCUAGUUUUCUAUUUAUGUCUAUUAUUAACAUUACAUGGAAUCGUAUUAUCGCGAUCAGUAAUGCAAAGAAUUACUCUUAAUAAUCAUGUAUGGGAAGUACCAAAUGAGCCUGGCUGGGAUGAAGUUAUCCAAGAUGUUGAAGCAAUACAAAAUUCUUUACGUAAAUGUUCAAAAGUAUCAGAAUGUCAUAAAAUUGUAAAUCGAUUACGUAAAGUAUUUUAUCGUCAUCCAGUAUCACGAAAAUAUUUUGAAGAAAAUGCUCAUCUUGAAAACGAUAUGAUGGAAUCAAUAUUCAAAUGGGGAUAA